AUGGGGAGGGGUAAGAUCGUCAUUAGAAGGAUCGAUAACUCGACUAGCAGGCAAGUCACUUUCUCAAAGAGAAGGAAUGGAUUGCUUAAGAAGGCUAAGGAGUUGUCAAUCCUUUGUGAUGCUGAGGUCGGUUUGGUAAUUUUCUCUAGCACCGGGAAGCUCCAUGACUUUGCAAGCACCAGCAUGAAAUCAGUCAUCGAACGAUACAACAAACUAAAGGAGGAACAUUACCAUAUGCUGAAUCCGAACACAGAGAUCAAGGUACCUUCACCACUAAAUGUACCAUGCUAA